AUGGAAGCUAACGGUAUUCAACGGGCGUUUGUGAGCGGACCCACAGAGCCACCGAUAUGUUCAAAAACCUUUGGGCAAUGGAUCGAUAAGCAAGCAGCUACCUACGGGAAGAAGUCUGCUAUCCUGUCACCAUGGCAGGAAGUAAACCUCUCCUACGGCGAACUAGCGGAACGAAGUAAGCACGUGGCCAAAGCUAUAUUGGGAAUGGGCUUUGCACACGGUGACUAUAUCGGCAUUAUGGCUGGAAAUUCGUGCCAGCAUAUCGAAGUGCUUUUGGGAGGAGCACGUAUUGGAUGCCCUGUUGUCUCCCUGCAUAGCACAUAUACACCCGAUGAGCUGAAAAGGGCCGUACGCAAAACCUCAUGCAGGCUUCUCUUCAUCGCAUCUCGUAUCGGUCGCCGGGACCUCUCUGCUCAUGUGGAAAUGAUGAAGAAUGGUGUAUCUUCAGGCGCACUCCCAGAGCUACAUGGGGUUCUUACGAUUGGGCAGAACGACUAUGAUGGAUAUGCUGACGGCCUACAUACGUAUGAGACCCUCUUUGCGGACUACAAACAAGGUGUAACGCACCCAGAUGUCGAUGCAACAUUUUUGCUCCAAUUGGCAGAGAAAGCUGUCACGCCCGAUGACGUGAUUCAUCUCGAGUUUAGCUCUGGUACCACUGGGACACCAAAAGCAGGAAUGUUAACAGCUACCAACCUCCUCGGAUAUGGCUUUACAGUGGCCGAUCGGUUGAACCUGACUCCGAAGGAUAUCUUUUGCUCUCCCACCCCACUAUUCCAUGGCUUUGGUCUUAUAGUAGGGCUUUUUGCACCCUUAACGCAUGGUAGCUCAGUUGUUCUCCCUUCGGAUCACUUCGAUGCACAUGCAAUCCUCGAGGCUAUACAGAAUCAGACUCCUACUGUCUUAAUGGGUGUACCCACCAUGUUCCUGGCAGAAUUAGAGGCUAUGGCAAAAGGACAGGUAGACAGUUCCCUGCGAGCAGCUGUGGUGGGUGGAUCUGCUAUCACGCCCGCGUUAACAAGAAAAAUCCGUACAGCGAUGAAGGCAAAGGAGACUUUUGUCAUAUAUGGGAUGAUGGAAACAGGUGUUACAUUCAUGGGGUCCGUCAAUGAGUUAGAGGGAUCAACAGGUGUGGUAGGUUUUGUGAUGCCGCAUGUCUGCGCCAAAAUUCUGAAUAGAAGCGGCCAGAUUGCGGGCCCAAUGGAAAAGGGGGAGCUUUAUACAAGUGGAUUCACAUUGCAAAGGGGAUACCUCGCAGAGGAAAAGAAGACGCUGGAGGUGAUGACACAGGAUCAAGACGGGAAGAUCUGGAUGCGUACGGGGGACGAAGCUAUCAUUGAUGCGAGUGGAUGUUGUCACAUUACGGGGAGGAUCAAGGAUAUUAUUAUCAGAGGUGGGGAGAACAUUUCCCCCUUGGAAGUUGAGGGUCGGCUGGCUUCACAUUCCUCCAUCAGUGAAGCAAGUGUGUUAGGCUUACCUGACGCAAAGUAUGGGGAGGUUGUAGGAUGCUUUCUGAAAUGUACGCAUGAUGCUCAGAGGCCGUCGGACGAGGAGUUACAGGGCUGGGUAAGAGAAACCUUAGCCUGGCACAAGACGCCAGUACACAUAUUUUGGAUCGGAGACCCUGGCGUUGCCGAUGACUUCCCCAGAACAGGAAGUGGGAAGCACCAGAAGCAUAUCAUGAAGGAAAUUGGGAAAAGGCUCAUUACUGUGAGGAGUAGACGCUUGUGUGAUCCUCGGUUGAUGUGUGAAAGGUUGGUAUAG